CCACCGACCACAAUGUUGAUAACACCACAGCAGUCCUUAGAGAGUGGCUGAAGAACGUGCAGCACCUCUACCACGACGUGGAGUGGAGGCCAAUGGAGGACCCCCAAUCUUACCCAGAAGAAAUUGGGCCAAAACAUUGGCCAAGCUCCCGAUUCACUCAUGUGAUGAAACUCCGACAAGCUGCCCUGCGUGCUGCACGAGAGAAGUGGUCAGACUACAUCCUGUUUAUUGAUGCAGAUAAUUUACUGACCAAUCCACAAACCCUGAACCUGUUGAUAGCAGAAAACAAGACUUUGGUGGCACCGAUGCUGGAGUCUCGCUCUCUCUACUCCAACUUCUGGUGUGGCAUCACCCCCCAGGGCUAUUACAGAAGGACCUUGGAUUAUCCCCUGAUUCGGGAGUGGAAGAGAACAGGCUGUUUUGCUGUCCCCAUGAUUCAUUCCACGUUCCUCAUUGACCUGAGGAAAGAGGCUUCCACCAAGCUGAUGUUCUACCCCCCACACCAGGACUACACCUGGAGCUUUGAUGAUAUCAUGGUCUUUGCCUUCUCCAGUCGCCAAGCAGGAGUACAGAUGUUCAUCUGCAAUCGUGAACACUAUGGUUUCCUUCCCAUGCCCCUGAAGUCGCACCAGACGCUGCAAGAAGAAGCUGAGAACUUUGUGCACACGCUGAUUGAGGCGAUGAUUGAUCGUCCUCCCAUUGAACCCUCUCAGUAUGUCUCUGUUCCUCCGAAGAACCCUGACAAGAUGGGAUUUGAUGAAAUCUUCAUGAUCAAUCUGAAGCGCCGGAAGGACAGGCGGGAUCGCAUGCUGCGCACGCUCCACGAGCAGGAGAUCGCAGUGAAGGUGGUGGAGGCCGUGGAUGGAAAAGCACUGAACACGAGUCAGCUCAAAGCUCUGAGCAUCGAUAUGCUCCCGGGUUACCGGGACCCCUACUCCUCCAGGCCACUCACCAGGGGAGAGAUCGGCUGCUUCCUUAGUCACUACUACAUCUGGAAGGAGGUGGUGAACCGAGAACUGGAGAAGACCCUUGUUAUUGAGGAUGAUGUGCGCUUUGAACACCAGUUCAAAAGGAAGCUCAUGAAGCUGAUGGAUGACAUUGAAAAAGCCCAGCUAGACUGGGAGCUUAUCUACAUUGGCCGGAAAAGGAUGCAGGUGCAGGAGCCUGAGAAGGCAGUUCCCAAUGUCAUGAACCUGGUGGAAGCCGAUUACUCGUACUGGACCCUGGGGUACGCAAUCUCGUUCCAGGGGGCUCAGAAGCUCAUCGGAGCUGAGCCGUUCAGCAAGAUGCUGCCUGUAGAUGAAUUUCUGCCCGUCAUGUACAACAAGCACCCUGUAGCGAAGUACAUGGAGUACUACGAGUCCAGAGACUUGAAAGCCUUUUCAGCAGAACCCCUGCUUGUUUACCCCACCCACUACACAGGCCAGCCGGGCUACCUCAGUGACACAGAGACCUCUACGAUCUGGGACAACGAGACUGUGUCAACAGACUGGGACAGAACACACUCCUGGAAAUCCCGGCAGCAGGGCAAGAUCCACAGCGAUGCCCAGAACAAGGAUGCUUUGCCCCCCCAGUCAUCUCUCAACGCACCGUCCUCCAGGGAUGAACUAUGACUGUCCACUUCCCCUGGGACUCUGUUGACAGCUGAACCUGCCUCACACUUUAGCUUUUCACCCUUGAAAGUUGUAGAGCAGCUCUUCAUGCGGUCUCCUUCCCACUGCGUUGAAUGGCAAAGCAC